AUGCUAGAGCAGAAGAUGUCUCCGAAUCUUCUCACUUUUAACUUAUUAGUAUGUGGACAAUGUAAAGAGGGUGAUAUAGAUAGGGCUUUUAGCCUGCUCAGGUUAAUGGAAGAGAAAAAUGUAGUUCCUGACCAGUUAACUUGUGGUGCUCUCAUUAAUGCAUUAUCUGAAAGGAGGGUUGAAAAGGCUUAUCACAUAUAUUGCUCUCUCAAGAAGAAUGGUGUAAAUAUGAGUGAAGUUAUAUACUGUACUACUCUGAUUGAUGGAUUCUGUAAGGCAGAGAAGAAUGAUUUUGCCCUAACUUCGUUUGAAGGAAUGAGUAGUGAAGGCUUCCGUCCGAACUCAUACACUUACAAUGUGCUGAUUAGUGGGCUGUGCAAAGAGAAAAAAACUACUUGA